AUGUAUUACCUAGAGGGCGCAUCCAUUACAUUUAUUGGUAGCGAUAAUGAUGUCUUAGUACGGAAUAUCUACCAAAGGCAAUUUUGUGGUGCAGCUACCGUCAUAUUGCCUUUUGAAAGUUCUGCAGAAGCACUGGCUGACAGCUGCGUGAGAAGCUCACUGGAAGGAGGUGGUGGAAUUUUCGAAGAAGGAGAAAGAGAGGUUGAAGUCGUCGGAGCAGGAGAGGGUGAAGUUGUCGAGGCAGAAGAGGUUGAAGUCGUCGGAACAGGAGAGGAUGAAGUUGUCGGAGCAGGAGAGGUUGAAGUCGUCGGAGAAGGAGAAUGUGAAGUUUUCGAAAAACGACGGCGUGAAGCCCUCGGCGAAGCGGAAGGCGCUUUUUUUGCAGAGGGAGGUGGAGACUUUUUUUUGGGAGUGAUUGUCUUCUUAUUCUUUAUGAGAUUUCUGUGA